UGGUUUGCGAACUUGAAAAGCGAACAAACGGACGCACGCUGUACUCCGAACCUGUCUCUCUCCCGCUUUCUUUCCCGAUGCUUUUGAUCAUAUAAAUUAAAAUCAACACGGAAUGAUCCUAACCCACCGGCGAAUACACGAACACGGCGGAACUUGACCCACAAAUUUACAGAAUCGUGGCUUGAUUUCGACCUACAAGAUGAGAUUGCUCCAAAAUGGGGUCGCCGGCGAGCCACUGCAAGUUGAUUCCGGCCGUUCUGUGCUUGUGGGCAUGAAAUUAGACUCCCAUAGUAGAGAGCUGCUAACUUGGGCUUUGGUUAAGGUCGCUCAACCGGGUGACCUUGUGAUCGCUCUUCAUGUUCUUGGCAACGAUGAAAUCGUUAAUCGUGAUGGGAAAUCUUCGCUUCUUUCUCUUGUGAAAACGUUCGACUCUGUUCUUGCUGUUUAUGAAGGUUUCUGUAACUUGAAGCAGGUGGAUUUGAAGCUCAAAAUCUGCAGGGGAGCAUCGGCUAGAAAAAUCUUAGUUCGUGAAGCAAAAUCGUAUUCUGCAUCUAAUUUAAUUGUUGGGACUGCUCGAAAACACCAUAAAAUCCGUUCAUCGAGUUCUGUUGCCAAGUACUGCGCUAAAAAAUUGCCCAAACACUGUUGGGUACUCGCUGUUCAUAAUGGGAAAGUGACAUUUGAACGAGCUGCAGUGGCUACAGGGGACUGCCAAGGAAAUAAAGUUGAAAGUGAUCUGGGAAUUGGUAAGGAUUCGGAUCAGGGAUUUGCAAAAGGCGUAAUGGAUAGUUCUUAUAAACCGAACUGUUCGAUUUGUGGAUCGGAAUCGAGUUCUUUGGUACAAUCUGCAGUGAUAUCUUCUGGUGAUGGAGAUGAACAUGAUGAAUCUUUAGCCAUUGUUCCUGUUCAAAACGUUGAGGUAGCUUCGAGUUCAAUUACUAAGUUGAUCAAGGAAUCGCCUGAAGUACAACCCGGUUGGCCUCUUCUUCGCCAUGCUGAUCAAUCCGGUCGACGAGCUUCGUCCGACAAAGCCUUGGCCAAGCAAAUCUCUGUAGUUCAAUGGGCAAUGAGGUUGCCUAACCGGUCUGCUUCAGACCCUGCUGCUUUGGAUUGCAAUUCUAAUACAUCUGGUCAAGCUACGGUUCUGGUCGGUUCUGAACCGGUGACUUCUUCGCUCUCCCCCAACCCCAGUUCCAUACCGAAAGAAUUGGAAGGUUUUCAUGAUAAAUACUCGUCGUCGUGUAGAUUGUUUAGUUAUCAAGAACUCGUUACAGCAACGUCGAAUUUCUUACCUCAAAACUUGAUAGGGAAAGGAGGAAGCAGCCAGGUUUUUAGAGGUUGUCUUCCCGACGACAACGAGGUUGCUGUCAAGAUCUUGAAGCCAUCGGAAGACGUUCUAAACGAGUUUGCUGUGGAAAUCGAGAUCAUUACGUCCUUACGCCACAAGAAUAUCAUUUCUCUCUUGGGAUUUUGCUUUGAAGAUAGUAAAUUCCUGUUGGUUUAUGACUUCCUGUCAAGAGGAUGCCUUGAAGAUAUCCUUCAUGGGAAUGGAAAGAGUUCGAACGCAUUUGGCUGGUGCGAAAGAUAUAACGUAGCCGUCGGUGUAGCCGAGGCGUUGGAUCAUCUUCACAGCGACUCUCAGCACGUGAUCCAUAGGGACGUUAAAUCGUCGAACGUUUUGUUAUCUGACAAUUUCGAACCGCAGUUAUCAGAUUUCGGGCUGGCGAAACGAGCAUCAAAAUCAUCGCAUGUAACCUGUACCGAUGUUGCAGGAACGUUCGGUUAUCUGGCUCCGGAGUAUUUCAUGUACGGUAAGGUAAGUGACAAGAUUGAUGUCUAUGCUUAUGGCGUGGUACUGCUUGAACUUCUUUCCGGGAGAAAACCGAUAAGUACCGAGUAUCCGAAAGGACAAGAAAGCCUAGUCAUGUGGGCAAGGCCAAUUUUAACCGACGGGAAGGUGUAUCGGUUACUCGAUCCUAACUUGGGAAGUAACUACAACAAGGACGAGAUGGAGCGUGUCGUUUUAGCAGCUAGCCUUUGUAUCAGACGCACUCCACGAGCUAGGCCUCCAAUGAGCCAUGUUCUAAAACUGCUCCAAGGCGAUGUAGACGUAACCAAGUGGGCAAGGCAACAGAUCAAUGCUGUAGAGGAUUGCAACGCUCUAGACGAUGAAGUAUGUCCUCGAUCCGAUAUUCAAUCACAUCUCAACGUUGCAUUGCUCGACGUUGAUGACGACUCGCUCUCCCUGAGUAGCAUCGAGCAGAGUAUCUCAAUGGAGGACUAUUUGCAAGGAAGGUGGAGCCGUUCAUCAGGGUUCGACUAACAACAUCGACUAGCUCGACGAGUGCGUUCAAGUCGUGUGGCUUUUUCGUAUAUUCUUUGGUUGUUUAUGGGGUACCCUCCUCCUCCCUCCAUUUUAGGCUUAUUUUUUAGUUCUUUUCCCUUCCAUUUUAUCCCUACAAAAGGGUUCAUAAGAGUGAAACAUGAGUUCAGUGCUCUGCAUAGCCAACCAUUUGCUAAUAAGAGCAGAGCAGUUUUGCUUGUAAUGUUUCUUUGUACAAAACUUCCCUGAAAAUGUGAAUAUAUUUUUAAAAUUCA